AUGUCGAUCUGGAACUAUGUCGUCACGGCGCAUAAGCCGACAGCUGUCACGCACUCAUUGGUCGGCAGCUUCACAGGGACCCACGACAUGAACCUAAUUGUUGGCAAGUCCACGAGGAUGGAGAUUUACCUUCUCACCCCACAGGGCCUUCAGCCGCUAGUGGACGUGCCGCUGUACGGCCGCAUCGCCACCAUGGAGCUCUUCCGACCGCCCGGCGAGUUGAAGGACCUGCUGUUCAUAUGCACGGAGCGGUACAAGUUCUGUGUGCUCGAGUAUGACGCCCUCUCCAGGGAGCUCAUCACCAGGGCCAAUGGGGACGUCUCUGAUCGAAUCGGGCGACCAACAGACAAUGGCCAGAUCGGCAUAGUGGACCCCGACUACCGCAUCAUUGGGCUGCAUCUGUACGACGGGCUCUUCAAGGUCAUUCCCAUCGACGCCAAGGGCCACCUCAAGGAGGCCUUCAACAUCCGGCUGGAGGAGCUGCAGGUGAUCGACAUCAAGUUCCUGUUCGCCUGUGAACGCCCCACCAUUGCCGUGCUCUACCAGGACAAUAAAGAUGCCAGGCACGUGAAGACAUACCAAGUGCAGGUGCGCGACAAGGACUUCACGGACGGGCCGUGGCAGCAGAGCAAUCUGGACGGCGGGGCGGCGCUCAUCAUCGCCGUGCCGCCGCCCAUGGGGGGCGCGCUCAUCGUGGGCGAGCAGAGCAUCGUCUACCACAACGGCGCCGUGCUCAAAGCCCUGCCCAUGCGCCCGUGUCUGGUGGAGGCGUAUGGGCGUGUGGAUCCGGACGGCUCGCGCUACCUGCUGGGGGACCACAUGGGCACUCUCAUGCUGCUGGCGCUCAGCCGCGACAAGGACCGGGUGGUGACGAUGAAGCUGGAGACACUGGGGAGCGUGUCAUCCCCCGCCACCAUCUCAUACCUCGACAACGGAGUCGUCUUCCUUGGCUCCGCUCACGGCGACUCGCAGCUGAUCCGCCUGUCAGAGCACCCAGCAGCGACGGGCAGCUACGUGGAGGAGAUGGAGCGGUUUGUGAAUCUGGGGCCCAUCGUGGACAUGGCCGUGGUGGACCUCGACCGCCAGGGGCAGGGCCAGCUCGUCACGUGCUCGGGGGCCUUUGGCGACGGGUCGCUGCGCGUCGUGCGCAACGGCAUCGGGAUCAACGAACAGGCGACGGUGGAGCUGGAGGGCAUCAAGGGCAUGUGGUCGCUGCGGCGCGGCACGUGGGAGGCACACGACACGUUCCUGGUGGUCACGUUUGUGAGCGAGACGCGGUCGCUCGCCAUAAACGAGGAGGACGAGCUGGACGAGACGGACGUGCUGGGCUUCGACCAGCACGCGCAGACGCUCUUCUGUGGGAACGUGCUGCACGACCAGAUCGUGCAGGUGACGGCAUCGGAGCUGCGGCUGGUGAACGCGCACACACUGCAGCAGGUGACCGAGUGGCGGGCGCCUGCAGGCGCAUCCAUCAACGUCGCCACCGCCAACCUCUCCCAGGUGCUGCUGGCAACGGGGGGCGGCACGCUGGUGUAUGUGGAGGUGGGCGAGGGCACGCUGACAGAGAGGACGCACGUGACUCUGGAGCAUGAGAUCGCGUGCCUUGAUGUCACCCCCAUCACCGACGAGAAUGCCAUGGCGGAUGGCGCGGUGCCCGUGGCUGCGUUGGCGGUGGUGGGCAUGUGGACGGACAUGAGUGUGCGCGUGCUGCGCCUGCCGGGGCUGGAGGAGGUGCACAAGGAGGUGCUGGGGGGGGACAUCAUCCCGCGCUCCGUGCUCAUGUGCUGCCUCGAGCAGGUGCCGUACCUGCUGUGUGCGCUGGGCGACGGGCACCUCUUCAACUUCCACCUCGACCGCGAGACCGGGCAGCUGUCUGACCGGAAAAAGGUCUCCCUGGGCACGCAGCCGAUGACGCUGCGCACGUUCCGGUCGCGCGACGCCAUGCACGUGUUUGCGGCGUCGGACCGGCCGACAGUGGUGCACAGCAGCAACCGCAAGCUGCUCUACUCCAACGUGAACCUCAAAGAGGUCACCCACAUGUGCUCCUUCAACUGCGCCUCCUUCCCCGACAGGUGCGCUACGGGGACGGAUACAGCACAUCCAUACGCGCUGCCACCUCUCUCCACGUGUCCCCUGCCACCCACCUGCCCUCGCAGCCUGGCACUAGCGAAGGAAGGAGACCUGACGAUCGGCAGCAUCGACGACAUUCAGAAGCUGCACAUCCGCACGGUGCCUCUCAGGGAGCAGCCGCGCCGCAUUUGCCACCACGAGCAGUCGCACUCCAUCGCCGUCACCACCAUUAAAGUCAGCCUGGUGCGUCGCACUCCGCUGCUCACCCCGUGUUUCCGUUUUUACGUUACGAGUGAAUGCUGUGACACAUGGUUCACACUGGUGUGGUCGCUCACCGCCCCAUCCCUCUCCCCAUCCCCCCUCGUCAGGUCGCUCAGCAGCCACACGGGCACGACGCGCGGAGUCACCGUGAUGCUCCUGCUGAGCGCCCACAAGUUCAACCACCUGUCCCACCUGCCUCUGUCCCACCUGCCUCUGCAGCCCCCUUGUCACCAUGUGCCUUCCCCAGUGACACCACAAUCACCCAUCUCUCUCUCUCUCACCUCUAACUCGCUCGCUCGCUGCACGCCCGCUCUCCAGGUGAACGGAGACGAGGCGGAGAGUCACCAGAUGCGCCUGCUGAGCGUGCACACGCUCGACCACCUCUCCCACCUGUCGUUAGCUGUCUUCCCCCACUCACACCACAGUCGCCCAGAUCUCUCUCUCUCAUUCGCCUCUGCACCGUGCGCACUCUCCCCGUGCCCGUGCGCCCAGGUGAACGGCGAGGAGGCGGAGAGCCACUACGUGCGCCUCUUGAGCGACCAGACGUUCGAGCAGCUGUCGCACCUACCGUUGGAGCCGUUUGAGAACGGGUGCUCCAUCAUCUCCUGCUGCUUCGCUGACGACCCCACCGCCUACAUCGUGGUCGGCACCGCCUUUGCCUUCCCGGACGAGCAGGAACCCACCAAGGGUCGCAUCCUGGUGCUGGCAGUGGAGGGCGGCAAGCUACAGGUGGUGGCGGAGAAGGAGACCAAGGGCGCGGUGUACACGCUGAACGCGUUCAACGGCAAGGUGCUGGCGGGCAUCAACAACAAGGUGCAGCUCUUCCGGUGGGCGGCGCGGGACGACGGCGGCAGGGAGCUGCUGGUGGAGUGUGGGCACUUCGGGCACAUCCUGGCGCUCUACACCGCGUGCCGGGGGGACUUUAUCGUUGUUGGCGACCUCAUGAAGAGCAUGUCGCUGCUCGUCUACAAGCAAGAGGAGGGGGCGUUGGAGCUGAGGGCGCGGGAUUUCAACGCCAACUGGAUGACGGCGGUGGAGGUGGUGGACGACGACGUGUACAUCGGCGCGGAGAACAGCUUCAACCUCUUCACCCUGCGCAAGAACGGCGAUGCCCCCACUGACGAGGAGCGCGGGCGCCUGGAGGUGGUGGGCGAGUAUCACCUGGGCGAGUUUGUGAACCGCUUCCGCCACGGGUCGCUGGUGAUGCGGUUACCAGACUCGGAGACGGCCAACAUCCCCACGCUGCUCUUCGGCACUGUCAGCGGCGCCAUCGGGGUCGUUGCCUCGCUGCCGCAGGACCUCUUCUCCUUCCUGCACCGCCUGCAGGUGUGCCUGACAAAGGUGAUAAAGGGAGUGGGCGGGCUGUCACACGCGGAGUGGCGCAGCUUCCACAACGAGCGCAAGACGGUGGAGAGCAAGGCCUUCAUCGAUGGCGACCUGGUGGAGGCGUUCCUGGACCUCAAGAGGGAGCGCAUGGCCGAGGUGGCGGAACAGAUGAAGGUGCCGCUGGAGGAGCUCUGCAAGAAGUUGAGGAGCGUAGCAGAGGGCGGCGCAGAUGAAGGUGCCUCAGGAGCAACUCUGAGAGGUGGAGUGGAACAUGAUGGUGGAGGGGCGGAUGAUGGUGGAGGGGUGGAUGAUGGUGGAGGGGCGGAUGAUGGUGGAGGGGCGGAUGAUGGUGGAGGGGCGGAUGAUGGUGGAGGGGCGGAUGAUGGUGGAGGGGCGGAUGAUGGUGGAGGGGCGGAUGAUGGUGGAGGGGCGGAUGAUGGUGCAUGUGGAGGCAUUUGCUAG